AUGCAUUAUCAGCCAGAAGUCGAUGAGGCGUCCAAGAAGCCUGAAGUUAUUGAGUUCUACAAUAGCACAAAGGGGGGUGUUGAUACUUUUGACAAGAUGGUACACAGCUACUCUGUCUCCAGAAAAACCCGAAGAUGGCCACUACGAAUGUUUUAUGGGAUCCUAGACCAAGCAGGGAUCAAUUCUAUGAUUUUAUAUGGAGAAAGUGUUCACUCAGAGGGUGUAAAUAGAAGAAAAUUUCUCAAGGAGCUAGGAUUUCAACUUGCCAAACAGCAAAUGGAGGAACGAUUGGAGUCUCAACUUCCCAAUGACCUGAGAAGCAACAUACAGAAGCUAUUAGGAAUUGAAGAUUCAACAGUGGGCCAACCACCUCCAGCUAAGCUUCCUAAACAAGCAAGGUGUCAUUUGUGUCCACGUAAAAAAGACAUGAAGGUCAAAAUAUCAUGUGCAAAAUGUAUGAAACCAGUUUGCCGUGUCCACCGCAAAGACAUUUGUGAUGAUUGUCUGAAGUCUGAAUAA